AUGCGAUUUGUGAGCUCCUUUCUUGCUGGCGUCGUGCUAGCUGCGGGCUUUGUGCCUCGCUACGUUGCUGCAUCGGGCAGCUGCCCUGCCAUCGCCAGCUGUGCCACCCACGGCACAACCAUCUGGGGACCUCAUAUCUCUGACUGCGACAGCAGCGACUAUGAUGGCGUCUUCCCCCUGGGCGAGUACAACGUGUACGUCCUCCGCGACUGGCAGAACUCGGCCAACGUCGUCGGUGGUCGUGUCUAUGUCGGUGGCGAAUACAACUCCAACGCCACGAUCGGCUCCGAGCUGUACCAACAUACCCGCUUCUGCGCAUCCAUCACUUCCUGCUGCGACAUUGAGGAUGAGAUCGAGGGAUCAAACUCGUUCCCAUAUCUCACCUACUCCUUCAUUGCCGGCGGCAAUAUUGUCAACGCACCCAAGACGCUCGACUAUGGGUACGUUGGCUAUCUCAAAACGCGCAACGGCCUUGCAGCAAACUCAAACUCAACACCUCCGAGCCUCUACAAGACCGUCUACCAGCCGAUUGACUGUCACCAGAAGCCGUCGACCUUUGCUGACACAAACGAUCUGUUCACGUUGGCGCAUGCCCAUGGGUCCUGGCCAACCAAUGUGUCGACAAUCCAGCUCCCUGACGAUCCUUGGGACCGCGAUGGCGUCAAGACCUAUCUGUCGAAUGUCGCAGACUACUUUGCCGGUCUGGACGACACCACCGAGACGGACGACUGCACGGACUACAACAACUCGGACCUGAUCACGGUGCAGCCCGCCGACGAGUGCAGCCAAAACACAACCCUGCACGUCGUGCACUUUGACUCGGAUGACAUUACAGAUACGAUCCGCCUUGCUUUCUAUCAGCUCUCGAAGCUGACCAGCAAGGGUCUGGUCAUCAACAUCGACGGUAGCUGCCCAGAGCUGCGGUCGCUUAUUGUGGACGAGCUCAAGCCGUAUGCCAGCCGCAUCAUUUGGAACUUCCCCGAGGCCGAGGGUCUGCAUCUGAUCGAUACGAUCCUGUACGGUACCGUGCUCGCUCCAUUUGCAGACAUUGUGUCUGAGAGCAGCAUUGUGUACGGCAGCGUCUUUGCCCAUUCGGUGCGCGGAUCUCUUGAGGUCCAUAAUGCCGGAUAUGACGGAUGUAUUCCGUCCGCGGCUGCCAGUGGCUCUGGCGGCUCUGGCGGCUCUGGCGGCUCUGGCGGUUCUGGUGGUUCUGGCGGCUCUGGUGGUUCUGGCGGCUCUGGUGGUUCUGGUGGUUCUGGUGCCUCUGGUACCGUCUCUAGCGCCCCUUCGAGCACCGUCAGUGCUGCUUCUAUCGCCAGCACGGUCCCCAGCGCCGUCAGUCCUCCAAAGCCCACCGGUGCCUCUGGGGCUGGCAGUGGCACUGGAUCCGUCAAUAAUGCUGGAUCUGGAUCUGGAUCCACUGGCCUGAGUGGCGGCGCCAUUGCCGGCAUCACUGUCGGCGUGGUCGCUGGAUGCGGUGCGGCGGGAGCCGGUCUGUAUUUCUGGCGAAAGCAGUCCACGAUUUCCCGUGGUGUGCUGAAUGCUGGUGCGGGUGCUCAGUGA